AUGGCUGCUCCACGGAUAGACUACCGCUACAAGAUAAUAGUCUUAGGAGAAAGCGAUGUAGGGAAGACAUGUCUUCUCCACAAGUACAAGGAAGACGACUUCAAGCAGUCUUUGAUGACAACAAUUGGAGUGGACACAGUCUCCAAGAGUAUAGUUCUGAACGGGAAGAACAUUAUGCUUAACAUCUGGGACACCGCCGGGCAGGAGAGGUUUUUCUCUAUAACAAAGAGCUACUAUAGAAAUGCAGACGGGAUACUCCUUAUUUUUGACAUCAGUGACGAAAGAACAUUCUCGUGUGUGGACAGAUGGUUUGGGCGUAUAAGAGAAGAGACUGGAGGUGUUCCCUUGUUUCUUGUUGGAAACAAAAGGGACAAGGUGGACAGCGCUUCGUACAAAGCAAUGGAAGGUAGGUUCAGAGAGAAGGCAGAUGAAAUGAAGGCAAGGUACUACACUACAAGUGCCAAGACAGGAGAAAAUGUAAACAACAUCUUUGAAGACAUGGCAAUGAUCCUCCUUAAGAAGCAGGCACUAGGCCAAAAAUGGGACAUUGACAGCCCUCUUUCCUCUCGCGGGAAUCCAAAUAGAAAGGUUAAUAGUAAGUGUUGCUGA